AUGGGCGAAUCCAAGAUCGAAUACCGCUUCAUCUCCGAGGAUGAGACAGUGGUCUUCUGGAACAUGGAGGACUACCCAUUCCCUGAUAGUGCCGAUCUUUGUUCUAUUCGUCUUAAGAUCGAAGAUGCUCUUGAUCGAAUGGGCUUUCAUGGGCGUAAGAGAUUCAAGGCGUAUGGUGACCCACUGUACAGAGGCCAAUUGGAUAAGGCCGAAUUCGUCUUCUGCAGAAAAUUGGGUGAAGGUUUGGGAAUGCCUCUGGAUUUUCUUUGUUUCGCAAAGUCCUUCGCUCCUAAACCAAUAGUGUUUUUUGUAAUCGCAAAACUUAGCCCAGAAAGCGAGUUGCACAGGGUUCUUCACUGUUUGAAAUCGAGAAAUCACACUGUUCUCGUAGUUGAUAACACCACCGCAAAAGAAAGCCUAUUUGAUACUGUGGAAUCAGUAGUUGGUUGUACCCAAGUUUUGGGUGGAGGAAAGCCUGUAAGCCAUAUGCCAGUGCCACAGGAGGACGAGGAUGAAUAUUAUGAGGACCAAUUCUCAGAACUCUCUGAGGAGGAUGCUAGCUCCCAAUUCGAUAUGUCCAAGAUGGAAAAUUUCUCCGAGAUCAAGUCAACCGUCUCGACAAGCGUCUUCUCCUGGAACCUGAAGGGCAUCACAACCCCUUGUACUGUCAUCUUCUGGAACAUGGAGGACUACCCAGUCACUUGUGGUGGCAAUCUUAUUGAUACUCGUCGUAGUAUCGAGGCUUCCCUUAAUCAAAAGGGCUUUCAUGGGGAUACGAUGAUGUGGGCGUAUGGUGACCCUGACCCACAGUACGAAGGCCCAUUGAAGGAUGCCAAAAUCACCCUCUUACGUUCAAGGGGUGACAAUUCGGAACCGCCUCUGCAUUUUCUUCGUUGCGCAGCAGCGACGGCUCCUGUACCAACAACUUUUUAUUUAAUCGCAAAAUUAAGCCCAGAAGUGCACAACAUUCUUCAGUGGUUGCAUUCAAGAAAACACAAUGUUCUCGUAGUUAAUCACGACGCAAUGGAACGUUUGAAAGUUGGAAAGCCAUCAAGUCCUCAUUCUCCUUUGGAAGGGAACCAAUCAAUUUCUGAUCCUGAUCCUUCUGAUAAUGUCAUCUCCGAGAUGGAAGAUUUGUCCGAGCCCAUCACGCCCGUCAAAGGGGUUAAGACUGUCGUCUUCUGGGACGUCGUGGCUUGCCCAUUCCCUAUUUGUUCCGGUCCGGAUGAGAUCUAUGGCAGAGUCGUAUCAGCUCUUGAUGAAAGGGGUUGUGGAGGUGAGAUGGCGAUCUGGGCUUAUGUAGAUGAGAAUGACGGGUCGUCUUGGAGUGGUGAGUAUCUGCGUGACAAGACGUGGGAAUCCAGAAUCUACUUUAUUCCCGGAGGGGAUAAAGCCUCGAGACUUCAGAGAAUGUUACAUGACACUGUUUUAUGGGAAUUGGACUCUCCUCGGGAAUAUUCUGAUCGAGGAGACGUGGUCGUAGUCUCAGAUCAAGUCGGAGAUGACACGAUGUUCUUCCGUAUGCUUGAAUAUAUGACUGUGAGAUGUUUCAAUGUUUUCUUAGUCACUCCGACUCAGCACGUCAACAAACCACAAAGCGCUGACUGGCCAGGUUUGCUACUAGAUCAUGCACGCUCUUUGGGUUCCCGAAGCGAAAGCCCAGAACCUAGUCCCUGUUCUGGAAGCGAAAGCCCAGAACCUAAUCCAUGUUCUCGAAGGGUAAGCCCAGAACCUUGUUCUGGAAGCGAAAGCCCAGAACCUAAUCCAUGUUCUGGAAGCGAAAGCCCAGAACCUAUUCUCGAAGGGUAA